GACACAGUGGUCGAUGUUUGUGGCUCGAAGGCUGUGAGUCGCUGCGGAAAAGUGAAAGUUACAUUUUCGCCGAGAGGGAAGACUCAACAUGCCACAGCUUGGCUGGCAAACUUGCUGUCUAAAUUUCCGUGGAAGUGUCAGAUGGAUUUGGGAUCACUUUUGCUUUGUGUUUGCGUGAUGAUGGCGAGUGCGCGCGCUGCAGGCGGUGAACACGAAUGCCCGUGCUCUAGAAUCCUCCCGUGGCCUCUGACUGAGCCUCCCGACUGCCAGCACAACAAAACCUUCCGCUACACCUGUGUCAAAGGUUAUGUGCGGAAGGCGGGGACGUCCAACCUCAUCAACUGCCUAGAUGGUCUAUGGUCCAUCGCCACUCUCACAUGUAUACCCGACCCUAAGGCCACACCCCAAGGCGACCCUAAGGCCACACCUCAAGGCGGCCCUAAGACCACACCCAAAGCCCCCAACAUCACCCAAGCAGCCGACCCUAAGGCCACACCCCAAGGCGACCCUAAGGCCACACCUCAAGGCGACCCUAAGGCCACACCUCAAGGCGACCCUAAGGCCACACCUCAAAGCGACCCUAAGGCCACACCUCAAGGCGACCCUAAGGCCACACCCCAAGGCGGCCCUAAGACCACACCCAAAGCCCCCAACAUCACCCAAGCAGGCGACACAGCGGCCAGCCUAGAAGACAACAACGCCACAUCUUCCCACUCAGCAGGAGCAGUGAGCAGCAGCACAAUAGCAGUCAUCAGCUGCCUUGCAGUGUCCAUCAUUGCUCUGACUGCCAUCGCCAUAUUAGUGUACAGAAGGAGGAGAAGGGCAGAAAGCGACACACCAUCCCAGCCAGCGGAGGCCAUACCUCUCCAUGAAGUUCCAUCAGAACGUGGAUAGGAAGUAGGACAUUAGUGUCACACAACAUGGUCCAAAGUUCUCAACUUGUGCUUCUCUCUAUCCAUCAUCCUUUACUAACAUGGCAUUCAUUCUAACUGGUAAAUAAAGGCUUGCAAAAGUCAGCUAACGAUGGAGCUAAUGGGAGUACAAUAUAAAAAAAACCUCCAACGAUACAUGUCACCACCUGAAUAUUCACCAAAGUAUUUUUCCACAUUUUAGGUUACAGCCUCAUUCCAAAUGGAAUACAUUCAUUUUGUGCCCUCAAAAUUCUACACACAAUACCCCGUAAUUACUUUUUUUGAAA